UAUUUUUUUCUCUUAAUAAUUAUUGCUCCAAAGUUCAAUCUCCUCUCUAACUUUUUUUCCCCUUCAUUUUAGCGCCUUUUUCCCCAAUUUCUUUGAUUCAAAGUUUUCGCAAAAAAUUCACCCUUUUCGUUCGUUCAGUUACUUUGAUAUCCUCUGUUUUUCUGUCUGCUAAAGUUUAAAUCUCUAUUCAAUAAAAGAUCAUUUUUUGCGAAUUGGGGUUUUGUUUAAAACAUGGGAUUUUCGAAAACACAUCAAGUAGAAGUGAACAAAGAAGAAAAUAAGAAAUGGGUAAUUGCUGGAAUUGCGAUUCUUGCUCCGUUGAGAUCAAUUUCUACCAAGUCAAGAGGAGAUAGUUCUGAAGAUGAAGAAGAAUUUUCAACAACUCCGACGGCGAGAGGUUCAAGGAUACCGGAAAGACUUCCAUGUCCACCGGCGCCGAUGAAACGCCGGCCAAAGUCCACGUGUCAUUAUAAUAGUGGUAGGGAGUUUUUUAAUCCACCUGACCUUGAAUCUGUAUUUAUACGCCAUGUGGAAAGAGCUAAUUGAGCUAAUAUGUGUAAAAGGGCAAAAUGGGAACAAAAAAAAGUUGCUAUUUUGCUUUUGUUCUGUUUCUUUCUUCUAGUAUUUUUUUUUUUUUUUUUGAGUUUAGUAAGUUUUAUUAGGUUAGUUUGUUAGGUUUAAGUUGAUGGCGAUAAUGUAAUAUACAAGUUUAGUUUGUAGUUUUUUUAUAUUUCUACAAUGAGAAUAUGAAAAAUCUCAAUUUGCAAGUUU